AUGGAUCGUAGAUGGAUGUAUGAUCGUUAUGAAGAUGGGAAAAGAGGGCAUGUUAAAGACGUUUUUAAACUUGGGGUUCAGUUGUUUAUUGAUGCAGUAAAACAAAAGCCCGUUGUUAUUAGGGAAGGGGGAAUUAGGUGUCCUUGUGUGGUCUGUCAAUGUAGACGUAUUCGCAGCGUAGAUGAAAUUAAGUUUCAUUUACAUACUAAAGGAUUUCAGCCGAAUUAUUGGGUUUGGACAAGUCAUGGUGAAUCCUUUACAUCGGAGCAAGGUGCUUCAUCAAGCAAUACUGUUUUACCUUCACAAAAUUAUCAACAUAAUUACCCGGCGGAAUUACCUUCACAAGAUUAUCAGCAUUACCCGUUCAACAUGAUGAACAAUAUGAUAAGUGAUGGUCUUGGGUACAAUGUGGUGAACGAGUUUGAAGAUGAAUGUGAAGGAGAUGAAGAGCCGAAUGCCGAAGCUCAGAGAUUUUUUGAUCUUUUAAAAGAGACCAACGUACCGUUGUUUGAAGGUUCUACAGACUCGAAGUUAACAGUUUGUGUUAGACUUUUGGGUCUGAAGUCUCAAUAUCUAGUUCCAGAAUUAGCUAUGGACUUGAUCACGAAACUGGUGCUGGAUACGACACCCAUCUUCGCUCGCGGUGAUUUGCCGCGAAGUUAUUAUGAGGCAAAGCAGCUAGUGUCAAAGCUAGGACUAGGAGUGAAGAGAAUUAACUGUUGUGUUAACGGUUGUAUGAUAUUUUAUACCAAUGAAUUUGGUGUUAGUGACGGUGAUUUACUUGAAUGUAAAUUUUGUGAAGAACCAAGAUACCGUCAAACAAAAAAUUCGAGGUCAAGUAGUAGAAAACCAGUACCAAGAAAGACAAUGUUCUAUUUACCCAUAGUAUCAAGGUUGCAGAGGUUGUUGAAGUAA